GCCGUUGUCGUGUAACUUCCGGUAGGCUCGGGUUUCCCAGCGAGUCGGUAUUUAAAUACGAGCUCCGUAGGAGGGGAGAGAGAGUUGACCGGCUGCCGCCCUAUAACGCUCCGAAACACUAAAGCUCAACACUUUGUCGCUCGUUGACUUUCAUUUUUAAUUCCAAACGACACAAAUCCACUUUUAUGAGCGUGUUUUGACUGCAAACGGUUGGUGGUGGAAGGAAGGACAACGGCGGUUGACAGCGUCGCGGCAGCUCAGUGCAUCAUUGAUGGGAUUCCUGUGCUCGCCCACGGCCCCGUAGCGGCAUUGGGACGCUAAUAAUAUUUUUUUGGACAACAUUACAAUAUAUUGUAUCACAUCGAAUAUACAACGGUGUGUUUUUGUCCCAUUCGGAAUAUCACGGGCUUGGAGGAAGCUGGAAGAACCCGGAUGAAGAGAAUGCAAUUAGAGUGUUGUCUGUAAUUGGCACAACACAAAACCAUCUUGACAGCUUGGAGGCCAUCCACGCUCUGUGCGCCCUUAAAGAUCUAGGACUCACCAACCAGCAGACCACAAGAACCAAUCAGCUGAAGAAGCGGCAGCAUCAAAAACAAGCACAGCCGUCAUGUUCAGCUGGCUGGGAGUCGAUGACCGCAGGAAGAAGGAGCCCGAGGUCUUCCAGACGGUCAGUGAUGGUCUGAAGAAGCUUUACAAGACCAAGCUGUUGCCGCUGGAAGAGAGCUACAAGUUCCACGAGUUCCACUCACCGGCGCUGGAGGAUGCCGACUUUGACAACAAGCCCAUGGUCCUUCUGGUGGGCCAGUACUCCACAGGCAAGACCAGCUUCAUACGUUACCUGUUGGAGCAGGAUUUUCCCGGGAUGCGCAUCGGCCCCGAGCCCACCACGGAUUCCUUCAUCGCGGUGAUGCACGGCGACACGGAGGGCGUGAUCCCCGGCAAUGCCCUUGUGGUGGACCCCAAGAAGCCCUUCAGGAAGCUGAACGCUUUCGGGAAUGCCUUCCUCAACAGGUUUGUGUGCGCCCAGCUGACUAACCCAGUGUUGGAGAGCAUCAGCGUGAUUGACACCCCAGGGAUCCUGUCAGGAGAGAAACAAAGAAUCAGUCGAGGCUACGACUUUGCAGCCGUCCUGGAGUGGUUUGCCGAGCGCGUGGACCGGAUCAUCCUGCUCUUCGACGCUCACAAACUGGACAUUUCCGACGAGUUUUCCGACGUGAUCAAGGCGCUGAAGAACCACGAGGACAAGAUAAGGGUGGUGUUGAACAAGGCCGACCAGAUCGAGACUCAGCAGUUGAUGCGAGUGUAUGGUGCGCUCAUGUGGUCGCUGGGAAAAAUUGUCAACACACCUGAGGUGAUUCGCGUGUACAUCGGCUCCUUUUGGUCGCACCCGCUGCUGAUUCCCGACAACAGGAAGCUGUUCGAGGCCGAGGAACAGGAUUUGUUCAAGGACAUCCAGUCGUUGCCGCGCAAUGCCGCGCUGCGGAAGCUCAACGAUCUGAUCAAGCGGGCGAGGUUAGCAAAGGUCCACGCGUACAUCAUCAGUUCUCUGAAGAAGGAGAUGCCAGCAGUGUUUGGCAGAGAGAACAAGAAGAAGGAGCUUAUCGCCAGCCUGGGAGACAUUUACAAGCGCAUAGAGAGGGAACAUCAGAUAUCACCUGGAGAUUUUCCAAAUCUCAAGAGGAUGCAGGACCAACUCCAAGCUCAGGACCUCACCAAGUUCCAGCCCCUGAAGUCCAAGCUUCUGGAGGCUGUGGAUGAUAUGCUUGCCCACGACAUUGCCGGCCUGAUGGUGUUAGUACGCCAGGAGGAGACACAGCGACCCAACGCCAUAGUCAAGGGCGGCGCCUUUGACGGCACGCUCAACGGCCCCUUCGGCCACGGCUACGGAGAGGGUGCCGGCGAGGGUAUCGACGAAGCCGAGUGGGUGGUGGCGCGCGAUAAGCCGGCCUACGACGAGAUCUUCUACACGUUGUCGCCAGUCAACGGCAAGGUGACGGGCGCCAACGCCAAACGAGAGAUGGUUAAAUCCAAGCUGCCCAACACGGUGCUUGGGAAGAUCUGGAAGCUGGCCGACAUUGACAAGGAUGGCAUGCUGGACGACGAAGAGUUCGCACUGGCCAACCACCUCAUUAAAGUGAAGCUGGAGGGACACGAGCUGCCCACCGAGCUGCCGGCCCAUCUGCUGCCUCCUUCUAAGAGGAAAAUACCAGAGUCAAUGUAAAUGUCACAAAUCAUUAAAAAAACAGAAAAGAUAAACACUUUUCCACUAGGAAUGGACUUCAUGAUCCAGUCAUUGAUUGAAUUGAUUAAUCAUAUCUUGGCGCAAUGGAGGCAAAUUUGAUGUCAACUGGAGCAAGUUGAUUUUAAGGAACAACUCUUCGGAUCAAUGCAUUAUACAGUGAACCUCAGUUUAUCGUAGAAGAUCCAUUCCAGACCCACCUGCGAUAGUUAAAAUCUGCGCUAUGGACUGUAUAAAAAUAAACUGUUGAUAAAUAGUCCCCCCCCCCCCUAUCCAGACACAAUUAAACUUGUGAAACAAUAUUUCAAUUUGGGCCCGACCGAUUAAUUCAUCGGACAGCCAAUUUAAUUGGCCAAAAUGAGCUCUUUUAUAAGCCCACCCCCCCAAAAUUGGCCAACUUUUACAUUUUCCUCUUUGUUAUAGAGGUACAAAUACUGAUUGGCAACAAAGUGUUGUAAAACAGUCAAAUAUUCUGCCUGUAAUUCAUAUCUUUGUUGUAAAGUGGACCAAAAAAGAAGUUAUUUGAUUCAUUAUAUCAAUUUUACUGGGAACAACAGUGUAAAACGUAUGCAAAUGGCGCAAAUUAUCAACCGAAUGUUCAGUGUAUCGUAAAAGAGAAAAGACCAAUAACAAAGACAUUUUAGUGAAAUUGAAUUGAAAAAAAUAUAAACCGUGUAUAUACAAUUUUUU